UUGAACCCUUUACUAUUUGCUACCUAGGCAAUAGUUUCAAUAAAUCUUUAUAGAGGUAAAUAUUUUAUACAACGUACAUAUGUACAUGUAUCAUUUGAUAUACAUAUUUAUUUUUGUCUAUUUUUGGUAUAUGGUCACACUUACAUAUUUUUUAAGUCACUAAGGGAAGAUAUUAGGUCAUGUAAAAUAAGUAAGUAUAUAAGUCUUUAUAAAGGUAAACAUUUUUACAACGUAUAUACAUAUAUCAUUUGUUAUAUCUAUUUUUGUCUAUUUUUGGUAUAUGGUCACACUUAAAUAUUUUUUAAAAGUCAAUAAGGGAACAUAUUAGGUCAUGUACAACAAGUAAAUAUAUGUAAAUACACACAUUUUACUGGGGUUGUACUAGGUUCUAGUGCUAUACCUAUGUAUACUUUAUUUUUAAAUCAUGAUACAUAUAGAUAUGUAUAUAUCAUAUACAACGGACAGCAUGGGUUCCAGUUUGAUGGCUCGUUCGACGCGGUUUGACGGCGGUCGUACGACAACCGCGAUUCGCCGGUCGUACGACAUGUGUCUUUCAUUCAUAUUCAUUCUUCGGUCAUUCGCCAUGUCGCACAGUCACACGGCCAUCGAAUAUUGGACUGAGUUUUUCCAGAUGUACCGCUCGAUGCCCGAGUUGUGGUUGGUGCGCAGUAAAAUGUACCGGGAUCGCCGGCUCAAGAACGAAUCCUAUGGCCGACUAUUGGAUUUAAUGCGCACCUCCGAUCCGCAUGCCAAUAUCCAUACCCUGAAGCGAAAGAUAAACAAUUUUCGUACCUCGUACCGCCGCGAACUUCGCAAGGUCCUCGAUAGUGAUCAAAGCUAUGUGCCAUCGCUUUGGUAUUUCAAAGAACUCGAUUUCCUCUACGAACUGGAAACCGGUGAAAUGCAAUUGAGCAAUGCGCGAGCUGCGGUAGCUCAGAAUCAGGAUCAUGAUACGAGAGAACUGCAUUAUAAUGAUGAAAACACAUCGGUAUACCAACCCGUCAUGGAAUCGGAUGAAACCCUGGGAUUUGAGCAGCGUCUUGAGUGCGAAGUGGAAAACUCCGGCAUGGGCGUGGAUCUAAACGAGGAAUCCGAAAGCGAUCAAGUCCAACUGAUGGUCAGUGAAGAUGACGAUAUGUUUUCGGAACCCUUUCAUACCGAAGAGGAUGUACUGCGUCUUGAGGCCGUCGUCGAUGGCGAAGCGGACCCCGAACCGGAACCGGAACACGAUCAGGAACCCGUAGCGGAAUCCUCUGUACGCCUCAAAGUGGAGCACAAGGUCGAAGAUUAUCCGGCGAAUUCUUUGGUAACUGUCAAGUAUGCCACUCCGUUGAGUUCCUCCGCCCACCUGAGUUACAACUCCGAACCGGUGGCAACGGAUAAAACCGUACGGCGUAUCCGUAUCCGUCGAAGACGUAGCAGCGAUGACAUCGAUUUCGGGCAAUCAGCCAGGAAGCGUAGAGUCGAAGAGAUUCCGGACAGGGAUCGAGAAAGGGAAAGGGAGCGAGAUAGAGAUAGGGGCAGGGAAAGUGAGAGCGAGAACGAGUGCGAUCUUAUCGGUAGGCGGAUGGCCACCCACUUCCGGCACAUGAGACCGGAUCAGCGCCUCUUCGCCGAACGUAUCAUCAGUGAAGUGCUUGUCUACGGCCGGAUGAAUCGUCUGUCGUUCGAAGCCCGCUUUCUUCCGGCGGGAAAAUAGAUAUAGCCUUGUAAUACCCAAAAAAAAAAAAUUAUUUUUGGGUUAAUUCAGAAUUCUAUUUUGAAACCUUUUGAAGUGGUAUUAUUAUUCUAUAUUAUAAUAUGAUUGUAUUGAUUAUAUUAAGGUUUAAAUUCCAAAAAAUUAACAUGUGUUCUUAUUAAUGUGUAUUUACUUUCCCAACCAAUUUUUUUCAUCCCUUUUCUUAUCCUUAUUUCAGUGCUAUAUGUUUAGAGCUAAGAAAUCAAAAUUUUGUUAAAAAUAAAAAAAACUUUAAAGUUAAA